AUGGCCGACUCAGAACCUCAAACCCCAGCAGACUCUGGGGGACAAGAGCUCUCCGAAAAGGCCGAAGAUCUCUGGCAUAGUCUCGUCUAUUGGAACGAACUUCCACACUGGCUCCAGGACAACCACUACAUUCACUCCAGCUAUCGCCGAGCGUCAUACAGUUACUCCAAGUCCAUGCAAAGUGUUUUACACUGGCACAAUGAGAGUGUCAACAUCUGGAGCCAUUUGAUCCCUGCCACCUUGAGUCUGCCUUGCGCGGUUGUCCUCUACAACGUUCUGAAGCCGCGGUACGACCACGCCUCCGUAGCCGACGUCAUAGCCAUGGGUUGCUUCUUCGGCGGUGCAGCUGUUUGCUUGGGGAUGAGUGCCUCCUACCACACUUUGUCAAACCACUCCCCGUCUGUUGCUCGGUUCUGGAACCAACUCGACUAUGCAGGCAUCUCUUUGCUGAUCACGGGGUCUUUUAUUCCGAGUGUAUACUAUGGCUUCUGGUGUCACCCAGUCAAACAGUGGACAUACUGGAUUAUGAUAUGCUCUUUGGGUGUUGCUUGCACCACGAUGUCGGUCCUGCCACGCUUCAGAACUCCGGCCUGGAGACCAUAUAGAGCGCUGAUGUUCGUGGGCAUGGGCAUCUCAGCGGUCUUCCCGGUCUUCGAUGGGUGGAGCACUUUCGGCUUCGAAGAUAUGGAAAAGCAAAUGGGUUUGCGGUGGCUGAUCUUGCAAGGGGCGCUGUAUAUCCUUGGAGCUGGUCUCUAUGCCGCCAGAGUCCCAGAAGCAUGGCAACCCGGCAAGUUUGAUACGCUGGGAAGCUCGCACCAAAUUUUCCACAUACUGAUUGUCCUCGCCGCAUUGUCACACCUGCAGGGGCUCCUCAAAGCCUUCGAUUACCGUCACGGUAUUAUGGGAUCCAUGUGUGUAUGA